UUGCUCUACAUCUACCCCUCCAAGAGGCUCUCUCUCUCUCUCCUCUCUCUACCAGACACUCUCCUCGCCUCGUCUUGCUCUCGUAGCCCAUCACCACACACAUACCGCAGUCAUGGCGCAAUCAACAAUCAUCUCCAACACGGCCAACCUCCAAAAAUACCUCGCACUCCCCCAGAAGGGCAAGGUCAUCGCCGAGUACGUCUGGAUUGACGGCAGCAACGGGAUCCGCUCAAAAUCAAAGACACUCGAGAAAAAGGUCGAGAGCAUCAAGGACCUGCCAGAAUGGAAUUUCGACGGCUCAUCCACAGACCAAGCCCCCGGCGACAACUCCGAUGUCUACCUCCGCCCCGUCGCAUACUACCCCGACCCCUUCCGCCAGGGUGACAACAUCCUCGUCAUGUGCGAGACGUACAUGUCCGACGGCAGCCCCAACUCGUACAACUACCGCCACGACGCCGCCAUCAUCUUCGAGAAGCACGCCGCCCACGAGUUCUGGUUCGGCCUGGAGCAGGAGUACACGCUCCUCGACGAGUUUGGCUGGCCCUACGGCUGGCCCAAGAACGGCUUCCCCGCGCCCCAGGGCCCAUACUACUGCGGUGUAGGCACCGGCAAGGUCUUUUGCCGUGACAUUGUCGAGGCCCACUACAAGGCCUGCCUGUACGCCGAGAUCAACAUCUCGGGCACCAACGCAGAGGUCAUGCCCGCUCAGUGGGAAUACCAAGUCGGCCCGUCGCCCGACAUCUCGCUGGGUGACCAGCUCUGGAUGUCGCGCUUCCUCCUCCACCGCGUCGCCGAGGAGUUUGGCGCAAAGGUUACCUUCAACCCCAAGCCCAUCCCCGGUGACUGGAAUGGCGCGGGCCUGCACACCAACGUGUCGACCAAGGAGACGCGUGCCGAGGGUGGCAUGAAGGCCAUCGAGGCCGCCAUGGAGAAGCUCGCUACCCGCCAAAAGGAGCACAUGUCCGUCUACGGCGAGGACAACCAGCUCCGCAUGACGGGCAAGCACGAGACGGCCUCGUACGACAAGUUCACCUGGGGCGUCGCCAACCGCGGCUCCUCUGUCCGCAUUCCCCGCGCCGUGGCCGCGGAAAACAAGGGUUACUUUGAGGACCGCCGCCCGGCCUCCAACGCCGAUCCCUACCAGAUCACGGCCAUUAUCGCAGAGACGAUGCACGGCAAGGCGGAUGGCGCCGACAUCGCAGCCUUCAACGAGCAGACGGCCGAUGUCGAGCAGGAGAUGAUUGUUCCCGUUGCAAAGCCGUAAACAUGCUCUUCCCGAUUCCUCUACUUCAUACCCCCUUUAUACUGUCUUUGCGCGCACGACUUAGAUCAUGAUACGAAACGCCGCCCCCCCUUCUUCUCUCAUCUUUGAAGACGAGGAAGGCCGGGCUGGCUUGGCUGGCUUUUUACCCCCCCACACAUCGGCAAGAGAGACCUCUUUAGCAUUUCCGACC